CCCGGACACGAAUUCCUCUAAUUAAUUCUUCUCACUGUCUCGGUGUCUCCCUCUGCUUUUUUCACUUCGUCAGAUCUCUCCUUCCCUACUCGAUCUCACUGUACAAACCGCACAGAACUUCGGCAUGGCUCCUCCGGCCCAAACUAACCGAUCUCCGUCGCCAUCACAACCGUCCGGAAAAAGCGAAGUCACCGAUUUAAAAUCGCAACUCCGACAACUCGCCGGAAGUCGACUCCCCGGCGUUGACGAUUCGAAACGCGAACUAUUCAAAAAAGUAAUAUCAUACAUGACCAUCGGAAUCGACGUGUCGUCUGUAUUCGGUGAAAUGGUUAUGUGCUCAGCAACAUCAGAUAUAGUGUUGAAAAAGAUGUGUUAUUUAUAUGUUGGUAAUUACGCGAAAGUUAAUCCUGAUUUAGCUUUAUUAACGAUUAAUUUCUUGCAAAGAGACUGUAAAGAUGAAGAUCCAAUGAUUAGAGGACUUGCAUUACGGAGCUUGGGUUCUCUUAACGUUGCGAAUUUAGUUGAGUAUUUAGUUGGACCGUUGAAUGCUGGGUUGAAAGAUAACAAUAGUUAUGUUAGAAUUGUCGCGGUUAUUGGUGUUCUUAAAUUGUAUCAUAUUUCCGUGACUACUUGCAUUGAUGCUGAUUUUCCCGCGGUUUUGAAGCAUUUGUUGCUCAAUGAUCAAGAUGCUCAGGUUGUUGCAAAUUGUUUAUUGGCAUUGCAAGAAAUUUGGAAUGGGGAAGCUAGCACGUCAGAGGAAGCGUUAAAGGAGAGGGAGGCUUUGCUUAGCAAGCCGGUUAUAUAUUACUUUUUGAAUCGGAUUAAGGAGUUCAGUGAAUGGGCGCAAUGUCUUGUGCUUGAUUUGGCUGUGAAAUAUGUGCCCGCAGAUAGUAAUGAGAUAUUUGAUAUCAUGAAUCUUCUUGAAGAUAGGCUUCAGCAUGCGAAUGGUGCUGUUGUUUUGGCAACCGCUAAAGUGUUUCUACAUAUGACAUUAUCUAUGACUGAUGUUCACCAGCAGGUAUAUGAACGUAUUAAAGCCCCGCUGCUUACCCUAGUGAGUUCUGGAAGUCCAGAGCAAUCAUAUGCUGUUUUAAGCCACCUCCAUCUCUUGGUGAUGCGUGCACCAUAUGUAUUUUCCUCAGACUACAAACACUUCUAUUGCCAGUACAAUGAGCCAUCUUAUGUCAAAAAGCUGAAGCUUGAAAUGUUGACUGCAGUUGCAAAUGAGAGCAGUACUUAUGAAAUUGUGACCGAGCUGUGUGAAUAUGCUGCCAAUGUUGAUAUUCCUAUUGCAAGAGAGUCAAUUCGGGCCGUUGGAAAAAUAGCACUGCAGCAGUAUGAUGUGAAUGCUAUUGUUGAUAGGCUUCUUCAGUUUCUGGAAAUGGAAAAGGACUAUGUGACUGCUGAAGCUCUGGUUCUUGUUAAAGAUCUUCUAAGGAAAUACCCUCAGUGGAGUCAUGAUUGCAUUGCAGUUGUUGGGAAUAUCAGCAGCCAGAAUGUUCAAGAACCGAAGGCCAAAGCUGCUCUUAUAUGGAUGCUAGGGGAAUAUUCUCAAGACAUGAGUGAUGCUCCUUAUAUCCUAGAGAAUUUAACUGAGAAUUGGGAUGAAGAGCAUUCUGCAGAGGUCCGUUUACAUCUUCUCACGGCAGUAAUGAAGUGUUUUUUCAAGAGGCCACCUGAGACUCAGAAAGCAUUAGGAGCUGCAUUGGCUUCAGGUCUUGCUGAUUUUCACCAGGAUGUUCAUGACAGGGCCUUGUUCUACUACAGGUUAUUGCAACACAAUGUAACAGUUGCAGAACGUGUUGUGAAUCCUCCAAAGCAAGCUGUUUCUGUCUUUGCUGAUACUCAGAGCAGUGAAGUCAAAGACCGCAUUUUUGAUGAAUUUAAUAGCCUCUCUGUUGUGUACCAGAAGCCCUCAUACAUGUUCACUGAUAAGGAACACCGAGGACCAUUUGAGUUUUCAGAUGAGCUGGGCAAUUUAGCUAUCAGGACAGAAUCUGAUGUUCCAGUUCAUGUAGUCGAGGCAAAUGACAAGGAUCUGCUUCUAGGUACUUCCGAGAAGGAAGAAAGCAGAGGUUCUGGUACCAAUGGUUCUGCAUACACAGCUCCUUUAUAUGACACUUCAUUGCUAUCUACUGCUACACAAGUACAACCAGAGUUGCCAAUUUCAAACCCUGCAGCAGCUGGCCUGAGUCCACAAUCUAGCUUGGCCAUUGAUGAUCUACUUGGUUUAGGUCUACCUGCAGCUCCUGCUCCUACACCUGCUCCUUCACCUCCUUCUUUGAAGCUUAAUGCCGGAGCUGUCCUUGAUCCUGGCACUUUUCAGCAAAAAUGGCGUCAACUACCAAUAUGUUUAUCAGAGGAACUCUCUGUAAGUCCUCAAGGAGCUGCAGCAUUAACAACACCUCAGGCCCUUCUCUGGCAUAUGCAAGGCCAUUCCAUCCAAUGUAUUGCAUCUGGCGGUCAAUCACCCAACUUGAAGUUUUUCUUCUUUGCUCAAAAAGCAGAAGAGUCAUCGAUCUUUCUUAUAGAGUGUAAAAUCAACACAUCAUCAGCUAAAACACAAAUAACUAUCAAAGCUGAUGAUCAGAGCAUGUCUCAAGCAUUCUCUACUUUGUUCCAGUCAGCAUUGUCCAGGUUUGGCACAUCAUGAAUGUCCACAGUUUUUUCACUCGAGCUCCCAGUAGGUAGGGCUUUUUUUUUCUUGUUUCUGCAAGGAAGAUUGAAAAGUGAAAAAUGAAAUAAUGAGGAGAAAAAAAAAAUUAUUGGACUGCUGUAGAUGAGUGUACAAUGAGAUCGAAAACAAAGAGUUCUUCCUUUUUGAUUUUUCUUGUCACAUAUUUUUGUUUGCUUAAACUCCAUUUCAGUUGCUCAACAUUUUAUAGAACCAUGGUAAUUGUUGUA